AUGUCUGAUCGUUUUGUCAGUGAAAAAGAGUUGAGUGAAGCUAGAAAACGACGACAAGAAGAGUGGGAGAAAGUCCGUAAACCAGGGGAUCCUGAACAUCCACCGGAAGAAGAAGGCGACAAUAGAUCGCUAUAUGAUCGUUUGAAGGAAGUCCGUGAUCGAAAGCAGGAAGAGUACGAAGAAGAGCAUAGAUUCAGUGAAUUUUCUGAAAACUUGGUUAGAGGACUUGACACUGAUGAAUGCGAUUUCCUUGCUAGAGUUGAAGACUGUAAAGCUAAACAAACUAUGGAGCAAACUAAGGAGGAGAAAGCGCUGUUAAGUGAGAUCGACCGCGUGCAGACAUGUUUAAAUACAGUUGAGAAUGUUCCUUCAGUAUCCGAUUUGCGUGUGAAACCUAGUGACUCAACACCUAAAGAAAAUAAACAGGCUGCAAUCAUUCGCACGGCUGUUAAAAGAAAGAGUGAUGUUGAAAUAGAUAAGGACAUAGAGAAGCGACCAAGCGCAAUGGUUAAAAUGUACGCAUACCCAUCAGCAAUAAAAAUGGGAGGUGUUCUUCCUGGUAUGGCAGAUUAUGCUUCUUCAAGGUAG